AUGCAUUCAAUAAAUAAGUUUCGCGAGUAUCCUGAAUACCAUGAUAUGGUUACAUCAGUAAAUGACUUGCUCUCAACUAAUGCGAAAGUCUUAAAAACACUGGAUUCUGCGUAUAAUACGGCAUUUGUAACUUAUAUUAAAAAUUUGCCAGCAGAACAGAAACCUUGGAAUAGUGAUUUACUCCCAUUUAACCUAAAGAUAUUGGAAACUUAUAAGGAAGAGCAGGAAAAGAUGGAGUUUUCCCCUAAUGACCUCCAAAUCUUUCUUACACAGCUUCAAGAACUUACAAGGUUCCAAAAGAACGCUUUAGCAGUUGAUAAAAAAAUGAGAGCAUCCAAAGAAAACGAAAACAAGAUAAAAGCGAAUAUGAAUGCUGCAAAAGCCAAAGGAGAUGCUGUUAAAGCAGAACAACUUUUGAUGAGACUGAACGAAGCAAAAACUACUACUGACUCUCUUAAGGCUGAAGCACAAGAACUCAGAAGAGUUUACAUUGAACAUUCCGACAAAUAUAAAAUUGAAUUUCCAGCACAACUUUCUACAAUGAUUGUUUCGAUUUGCAAUUCAGGAAUCAAGAAUUUGAACACCAGAACAGAACUGGCAACGGAAUUAUUAAAUGCAGCUCAAAAUUCGUUCUAUUUCGAGGACUCCGAACUUACUAAACUAAAAGAGGAGCUUGCUGAACUCGAACAACUUACAAAUACUACUGAAUAA